AAACGAGAGGAGUACGUUUAAAGUUCAAACUUCUGAACCCCACCACCACCCAUCGGUGGAGCCGUUAGGAGUUCGGAGGAGGGAGAGCCAGAUCUGUUCCUCCGCCGCCAUGCCGACCAAUGGCGGCUUCUCCCCCUCCUCCUCCUCCUCCACCAGCACCACCACAGCGUCCUCCUCUUUCGCCGCCGCCCCCGACCAAAACCCUAAUCCCAGGGGCAACAACCCCAUGCAGUAUUUGUGGGACUCCAUCAAUAAGGCCCGAUCCCGCAUCCACGCACUCGCCGCCCUCCUCUCCGCCCCCGACCUCGCCUCCCUCGCCGACUCCGAUCGGCCUGCCCGCUCCCUCCUCGACUCCCCCGACGCCUACGCCGCCGUCUCCGCCGCACUCUCCGCCCCCCUCUCCGGCUCCGGCGACGACCCCCUUUGCCAGUGGCUCUAUGAGACGUUCCAGUCCUCCGACCCCGACCUCCGCCUCGUCGUCCUUUCCUUCCUCCCCCUCCUCUCCGGCCUCUACCUCUCCCGCGUCGUCGCCACCUCCGCCGCUCACCAGCCCUCCCUCGCGGGCUUCGAGGCCGUCCUCCUUGCCCUCUACUCCACAGAGGUUAAGGCCCGCGCCGGCAAGCCCCUCCUCAUAUCCGUCCCCGACCUCUCCCAACCCUCCCUCUACCAUUUCCCCCGCCCUCCCGCCACCACCGCCGGCCCCCGGGGCUCCGCCGCCUCCGCUCCUCCACGCCCCGCCGCCCAGCCCUCCAUUGGCGUCCUCUCCCCUCCCCUCGAGCCCCAGAUCGCGGUCAAGUCCACCAAGCGCGCUUGCAUUGUUGCCAUCGCCCUCGACUGCUACUACAAGACGAUCGCCCUCAUGCCGGGCCGAUCAAAGAUCGAUCUUUGCGAGUUCGUCGCCUCCUGGGCCGGCCAGGACUGUAGCUGCCGCUUCGAGCUUGACGAUGAGCCCAAUCUCUCCUGUACCUCCUCUCCAUUCUCCUCGCCAGAAAUUAGGAACUUCUUCGAGGAUGACGGUGGGGUCGGUAAUGCGGCAGUGGAGAUGGGUAGGCUAGGGAUUCAAGAGAGGCCCAACGGCCACCAAUGCAAUGGGGAGGAGGGCGGCAGGGCUUCAAGGGGGUCGAGGGUGCCACUCCCAUGGGAGCUCCUCCAGCCGGUGUUGAGGAUCUUGGGUCACUGCCUUCUUGCACCACUGAACCCACAGGAGGUGAAGGAUGCUGCAUCCAUGACCGUGCGGUGCGUGUAUGCUCGGGCAUCUCAUGAGCUGGUACCACAGGCGAUCUUGGCCACCCGCAGCUUGAUUCAGCUGGAUAAGAGUGCUCGGAGGGCAGCGAAGGCACCGAUGAUGGCAGGGACACCAGGCACGGCUUCCAAUCCAAACACGCCGAGCAAGCCGAAGAAGCCAGAAAUCCUGUUGGUCUCAAAAUGAUCGCACAUCAUCUCGUUGAAAGCUCUGCUUCAUCUUCGUUCUACCUGAUAUGUGGAUUGGCUGUCAUUGGAGAUAUCUUUUGUUGUCUUGGGAUCAAGGUUUUAAGUUCUGGUGGGAUGGGGGCAUCUCAGCCAUCUCGUUCCUAUAAGAAAACGGGAGACUCCGAAACUCCGAAACUCAUCUAUGCAGGGAAAGAAAA